CUUCAGUUGGCUUGGGAUACAGGCUUCAGGCGGGUUUGCGUUCAGAUUGAUUCGCAUUGCGCCGUGCAGCUGCUUCAGAGUACAGAUUCCAGUGACCAUCAUUACAUGGCUACUAUCUCCCGCUUCCAUGAACUCCUUAAGAGGGAUUGGGAGGUUAGUGUCAACCAUGUUUAUCGGGAGGGAAACAGAUGUGCCGAUUUUUUGGCUGACCAGGGCCAUAACUUUUCGUUUGGGUUCCACAGUUUUCCGAUUUCUGAUCCUAUGCUAUACCAUUGGAUCUUGUAUGAUUCUUAG